AUGGCUCGCUCCACCGCGCAGAAACGUCUCCUCAAGGAGUUCCAGCAGCUUUCUCGCGACCCGCCGCCCGGGAUCGUCGCGGGCCCGGUCUCCGAAAGCGACUUGUUCGUGUGGGAGUGUCUUAUCGAGGGCCCGACGGAAACCCCCUACGAGCACGGCGUGUUCCCCGCCAAGAUCACCUUCCCCAAGGACUACCCGUUGAGCCCGCCUCAGCUUAAGUUCGAACCACCGAUAUUGCACCCCAACAUCUACGCCGACGGCAACGUGUGCAUUCUGAUCCUCCACCCGCCCGGUGAGGACCCCAACCAGUACGAGCGGCCCGAGGAGCGGUGGAGUCCGGUGCAGAGCAUCGAGAAGAUCUUGUUGCUGGUGAUGCUGAUGCUUGCCGAGCCCAACCCCGAGCUGGGGGCCAACAUCGACGCUUGCAAGUUGUGGCGUGACGACCGGGCCGACUUUGAUGAACGGGUCCGCCGCCAAGUGCGCGAGGCGUUGGGGUUGUAA